AUGAACGGUGAUGGCUCUCUCGCUGCACCCAGCGAGAAGCACGUCCAGGAAGCCAAGGAGUCGCAUGCUAAUACAGUAGAGGAGCUCUGCAGUUACUGCGAAUUCAAGCUGGAUUCGUCUUGCAUACGCAUGCAUUGUCACGUCUGCAAAGACUUCAGUCUCUGUCUCAAUUGUUAUCUGUCUCAGGCAGAAUAUAAAACACACAAUAGCAGCCACUUGAUGUAUCCUCGGACAGCUUUUAACAUGGUAGCAUGGCCGGAUGGCUGGACAAUUUCGGAUGAUCUGGGGCUGCUCGAAGCGAUAGAAAUCAAUGGUAUCGGGUCCUGGGAGGCGAUUCACCGGUUCAUGCACCGCCCUGCACACGAGCCCUUGGAAACCAUCAUAAGACACUUCAAUUAUAUCUUCUCUGAUACGGGGAUCAUGGGAGCACAGGUUUUAGAUACCCUGACUACUGAAGCACAGGAACAAGCGUUUUUGCAGCAGCUGCCUCCUCUAGCCACAUUGCAACAGUACUCGGAAAUGAUGGAUGCAUACUCGAUGCACAUCUGGCGCGAAGUCCAGGCUAUCAAGGGGCGUGGGCAGCUGGAAACACAUUCAGCUGAUCUUCUGCCAAAUACCCUUCCAAUGGCCGGACCCAUUGAGCUUAGUGGACCUUCGAAACCAGCUUCGCAGUCAUCCCGUCCUUUGCUCAGUUUAGAGAACAUGGAGCAGUGGCCAGAGCGUGCUACGCCAGAUAUAAUCGCAGCAGUUAUGGAGUACUUGCGUGCGCCACCUCCUCCGGAGUGCCAGGCCCUCAGUCAAGGUUUUAAGACUGUCCCGCAGAGCGUUUAUGAUAACGUCAUGAGGGAGUUGCCAGACAACUACAGUACUUUGUUUAAGAAUUUCAUAUUAGCUGAGAAUGCCGUGGACCUCGGGCUUAUAACUCCAGAUGUCUGUGUGUAUCCCCGCGGGGUGGAACUCAGAGAUAUUCCGCAUAAUUCUGGGGAGGGUGAUGGAAAACGGUUUGUCCACGGAAGCUGGCCUCUUAGGAGAGACUUCACUGUGGAGUAUGUCAACAAAGCAGAGUACCCAUUGAUGUUUAUGCGCAUCUUCUAUGGAAAAGAAACGAAGCUGUCUAUGCAGCUGAAGGUUCGCACUCUGCAGGCAUAUGUUGUACGCCUACUUGAGCGGGAAAAGAGGAAGCGCUUCGUGUUUCAGUUCAGUUUGCAUCGGACAGACUUUGCUAUUGAUGAGCUGACACUAGCUACAGACGAGGAGACUAUUCGCCGCCAAGGCAGAGAAAAGGAGUUCGCAUUACCCUUGAAGAUAGAGCUGUAUAACCCCACAGAUAUUCUUAUUAACAAGUUCGAGGCAAACCAUAGCUGGCUUCUUCGUGCUUUCUCAACUCGCUUGGAGUUCAGACAGUUUGCGGCUCUUCACAUACAGGACUGUGAGCUUCGGCGCUACAUUCACACCUUGCAAAUAGCAAGAUUUCUAGGGCUACGUACCCUCGAUCAACUCAUCGACGUAGAUGUCUUUAUGAGAAACCCCCUCCUCUAUGGUGAUCAGUAUGGAGCCCAGAAUGAGCUUCGACGGAGACUACCGUUAUUUUUAUAUACUCCUCCUGCUGAUGGCAAGGAGAAGCCUGGCUCUUCUUCGUCAGCUAACUGUUUUUUUGAAAGUCCGGGUCAGCGGCAAAGCAUCAUGGAUGGUAUAUGCAUGUCUUUGUAUUUGCAGAACGAGUUUAAGACCCUUGCUUUCUUGAAUGCCGAGGUUGAUAAUGAACAGCCUUUUAUCUACUUUGCGCAGCACGAUGCAGGCAGGGAACAUGCACAGUUGGUUAGUGACUUGGCUUCUUCGCCGGCAGCAAGGUACACCUCUAGAUUAUCGGUAGAUGUAGAUCCCGGAACAAACACUGGCGUAAUGAUAGAAACGAUGCAGGCGAACUCUAAUCAUGCAUCAAGGUGUUUCUUCUCUGACGAGGCGUCCGGUCGGUUUGGUGCAUCAGCCCUCUGGUACUUGGUCGAUAAGGCUGCAGUCGUUGGCCCCCUUGAGCAAUCUAAAACCCCACUGACAUUAGAGUUUAUCUUCCUGCGUUUGUUCAAAUUUUGUGGUGGCUCCGAAGUGGCCGAUGGAAAGCUUUCUUCUAUUGGCAAGGAAUCACUUGUUUAUCGAGUCAUGGACUUAAUUUAUAAGCUGUUCUGCAUAUCUAAGACAUCUGUCGAGGUCGUUGCAACCAGCAGACUGAGCUGUGGAGCAGUUCUCACGGUGCACCUGGUUGGCCUUUCUGUCCUCAGCAUCAUGUCUGCCAUUGCCUAUAACAAUUCGUUCAUGAUGUCAUUAUUUAACGACGACUUCGUUAAGUACGCUCGCCAAGGUGAUUCUAUGGAUACAAGGCCCUCGGGCGAUGAAGCAGAACCUGCUCCUACCGAAGCAGGUGACGCAGAGGGGUCUGAUCGAGCACGCCAAGAGUCAAAGUUGCCAGACCAAGGGGGUGAGGAAAGGACUAAAGAAGAUCCUGACACAGAUAUGCAUGAUGCCCCCCAACCAAGCCUUGUGAAUAAGCUUGGUGAUCUGGCGGCAGAUGAGCCACCCCUCAAGCGGGCUUUGGCAGAUGAUCCACUGGAUGCAAUAGAAGAUGAAGUCCAGCGGAAGGCAAAGUUUCUUUCUCAGCUUAAGCCGGUGAUUGCAAAUACACUCACAAUGGAUGCCGGUGCGCAUUACGAAGCGCUCGUUCUCAUAUGCCCGUGGCUCGAAGAAAUCUUUGUGACCAACAAAUUCUUGCACGAUUCAAAGCGUCUUGCAGCAACAACGUCUAAAGAGGCUCCCCCAACAUCCUUGUUAGUAUAUCAAGCCUUCGUACAGUGGCUAUCCACUAUAAUGGCAAAGGGAGUCAGCAUGUUCUCGACCGAACAACAAACACAGUAUGAGAACUCUAUAUAUGCCCAAAUAGGAGGAGCCCAGGCAACAAUGCUCCAAAUGCUAAUUAAUAUCUUCAAAGACUCUACCCAGCUUCGGCCCUUCUUGCGCUCCUUUACUUCAUCAUUCCUGGACACGGGGUCCGAUGUAACGUCUGCUGACAUAGAGCUAAAGGAAACAGUCUGCGCAACAGGUGCUAUUGUAGACUACACCAUACAGAAGUACCGCAGCCUAAUGCAUCAGUCAACGUCCUGGGAUACGUUUUUCAAUGCACGAGCACUGGGACACGUCACAUACACGACCCUAAGGUCGGACAGGGUGGGCUUCAACAAUGUGCAUGUAUUCUCUAAUAUUUCGUUUUGUCUGCAGGUCGCACCUAUGUCGUCUCUCUUGUGCUCUCUUCUGGCAUCUAUUCUUCCUCAUACAAUUAUGGCUUAUGGUCUGAAGUCUCCGUUUGUUGCGUCCUUGCUGAAACUCCUCACAGAUCGGCGUUCUGAAAUCUCCUUCGAGGUGUGUAUAGGCUAUCCGGAGUACUUGGUUCACCCUGACUUCAGAUAUGCAGAUAAGGCUAUGCAAGGAGAUGUGGGGGAAGCAGACCGCAUGGCCAAUGGUCUAAUACACUUCUUGAAAUCAACGCACUCCUACACCGAUAAGGAGGGGCUGGAUCCAGACGCAAUUAGAUCUUCUAUUUGGCUCCCCUCUGCCGCUUAUGGACUCUUCAUCUCCUCUGCUCCCCAGCCUCACCGGAAGAAGAUUUUCGAGGCGUAUCGCCAGGCAUCUUACUUAAUAGCAUGCACGGAGCAGGAAAUGCAUUAUCGAGAUAAGAAUUUGUACAUGUUUUACGGCUCGUUCAAACAGUUUUCGCUGCAGGAGCAUCUUGUUCCAUACGAAAUGUGUACAACCCACCUUUGGCUUUCUCUUCGAUAUUUGCCGAGUGUUGCAGACACAGAUGCUCCAUACUACAAGGCUACUCAGAAGCUCAAGAAGAUAGCUAGCAAGUGCGCUAAUAUCAAUCCUGUCACUAUCAUGGCGUCUGAGUAUCAGAUUGCAAAGCUUUCGAAAGCUGAGUACAAAGAUCUACGGAUACGUUUGUGCACAACAGAUAGAAAGAUCGUCCUGUAUACGUUACGAGAUUACAGCCGGGACAUGUUCUUUAAGAUCUGUGACACGCUUCUGACCCUUACGCAGCAGAAGCUGAACAUCCUUGUAGAGCAGAAUCGGUAUCUUCUGGCGAACGACCCCUUCUAUCGGGACCAGACUAACGUUCGUCAGAGCAAGCGCACAACUCCAGGCCAGGCAGGGCGAAAUAUCAUCGACGCAUUCAAUCACUCCAAUAUAGCUCUUAUAACAUCGCAGUUCGAUGCCUUCAUGGCGCACGAUCACUUUCUUCUUCGAUAUGAUAACCCGGGCGACGCCCCUCGCGGAUGCAGCGAAUCGUCUGCCAAAUCCCGGACGAUCUCUGAGAAGCUCAAGCUACAGGGUCUUGACCCCUCUACUUAUUAUAUUAUUGAACCAAAAGAAUACCUCUUCGGGCCUGUCAUGCCUCGGAAAAGCUACAUUCAGGCUGACAGCCAAAACAGGCCAUCUGCUAUUCUCCCUAUCAACAUGCGCCCGCGGAUGGUUAAGCCACAUCAGAUGCGCUACCUGCAUUCUUCAGUCGGCACCGCAACAGAUUUGAUGAGUCAUAAUGAAUUUUGUUCGCGUUAUCUGACACGAGGAGAGGUAAUCUUUCUGGCUCUUUCAGAGAUAGACAUAGAGACAUAUCUCUUUGCCAAGGAGUCGUUCAUAGCUAGCGGAUACAUAAUAACCCGUACUAUCUUUUCUGUCUUUGAUUGCAGACCCGGGGCAUGCGAGAUCAUGGCCAUCUUGGUCAUCAGCGCUCUGUGCAGCCAGAGUGCAUACUCUACUGUUCCUAUGAUGAACUCAUUCGAUAAUACUAAGAUAGACUAUUCUGUGGAGUGGGCUCACUGUACACCCUACCACCUAUUUCUCAACACCCUGGGAGAUCGUCAGGCCAGAGAUGAGAAUGUCUCGACGGAGAUAACAGCCCACACAGACAUAAAGCUGACCUACGGCACUCGGGAGAUAAGCACAAUUAGCAACCUUCGUCUACCAAAGGCUAAGUUUGAGCCCAAUAUCAUGUCUGUCGAUAGUCUCAAUAUUCCAGCUACGCUGCUCCAGAAGGCAAACGAAAUCAUUGAUAAGGAUAGUCUAGAUAAAGCGAUUCGAAGCUAUCGCUCGAUAUUUCUGCAGAGCCAUUUCAAUCAAGACUAUCGAGCAGCGGCGUCUAACUCUCUUGGAUCAUCAAACCAUGAGCAACACUCUAAUCUAUCCCAUCAAUAUAUGUACCAUCCUUCCUCAGGUUUCCCGGCAAGAAGCACUUACACCAAGAGUGUCCUGAAGGUUAGUAUUGAAACGCAGACUGUACUAUCGUUUUGGCGGGACGAGAAGGCCAAGCGGGUCCAGAAGAUUCUUUCAGCACCAAAACCAGUACAUCAAGGCCAUGUGCGUCCGCCUACGACCAUGCCUGCGGCUCCCGGUGCCAUUCCGCCUCCGGUCGCACCAGCUCUUCCGUCCUUCCCUCCUCUCAAGACGUCGCAGGCCUCCAGCAGGCCACCACCCGGUAUAUUUCCUCCUACUCCUUCCGAGCUCCCUGUGACUCCAGCUGUCCCGCCGGGACUGAGCCCACGCCUGCCGCCUCAAGCAGGUCAGGGUGGGCUCCCAUUGCCUUAUCCUCCGCCCGUUGUACAAGGUCCCGUGUUGCCCAUGGUGCAACCAGGGCCCUAUCUGCCGUCAUCAUGUGCCGUCAUCCCUUCAGAAGCACAUCAACUUCAUCAGCUCCCCAACAUCUCUCCAGUUCUCCCAGAGUCAGUAAAGAACAGUAUCGGCCAACAUUCAUACAGUUCACUUAAUAUCUCUGUACAACAGAAUCUUCUUUCAGGGGGCCUUAACCCGUCGAACCAUUAA